AUGAUGGGCGUGUCGACGUGGCUGCGCUCGCCGACGGUCCUCGCCGCGAUAAGCGUCGGGGCCAUCGGCGCAGGCCUCUACUACCUCGCCAACGACGAGGCCGACAUUGCUGCCCGCAUGCGCACGCCCCUGACGCCCAGCGAGGUCGAGCUUCGGGCGCUCGCCACGCACGCCCGCGAGCACGUGGCCAUGCGCGACGCCUCCCUCUUUGUGCAGUCGUGGGUGCCAUCUGAUUGCAAGGCCAUCGUGCUCCUCGUGCACGGCAUGAACGAGCACUCGGGGUACCUGGAACGGCUCACGGAUGCCUUGCUGCGCGCAUCGUACGGCGUGUACGCCUUUGACCACGAGGGCUUUGGCCGGAGCUCGGGCACGCACGCACUCGUGACCGACUAUGCAGCGCUCGUCCGCGAUGUCCAAGCGCAUAUUGCAUUGGCCCGCGCCGCGUGGCCGGAGAAGAAGAUCUUUCUCGCCGGCUGCUCGUUUGGCGCUGCCCUCAUUGUGCACACGCUGCUCGACUCGGCAGAUGGAAUCGACGGGGUCAUUCUCCAAGCCCCCGCGCUGCAACUGGCUGCGAACCGCCGCCCGCCGCCUCUCGUCGAAGCCCUCGUCAGUGUCCUCGCCACCGUUGCUCCGCGCCUCCCGAUUGUUCCAUCCAACGGCGGCAAAGGCUCGAGCCCGCUCGUGCGCGACGCCGUCGUGGCCAAGAAACGCGCCGAUCCGCUCUACUACUCGGGCAAAGUCCGACUUGGCACAGCCUACUCGGUGCUGCAGACCAUGGACGGUCUCCAGACGCCCGCCGCAACCGCAGCCUUUGCAUCGCUAACUGUUCCUCUGCUCUUGCAGCACGGUACCGCCGACGUCGUCUGCGCCCUCGACGGCUCCGAGACGUGGUUCCAUUCGCUCUUGCGCUGCGAUGACAAGCAGCUCAUCACGUACCCCGACGCGUGCCACGACCUCUUGCACGAGCCGGCGCCCAUCGCCAACGCGGUCGUGACAGACCUUGUCGCUUGGCUCGACGCCCGCACAUUGGGAGCAUAA